AUGUGCAUGGGCUUUGGCGGUUUUAUUUACUACAAACUUAAUGGAGGAAUUAUCAUCACCAGUGUUCAUGCUUUACCAAUAUUUAUCAUAGUACUCGGAGUUCUACUCUUCUCUGUAUCAGUCUUCGGCUUUUUGGGAGCAGUCUUUUUUGCUUUCCUUCUUAUAAUGGUUAUACUAACCGAGAUUGUUGCCGGUAUAAUUUCGAUAGUCUAUGAGGAUAUGACAGCUGAAACAUUUAGCCAGUUUUUUAUUGACAGCAUUCAUCUCUGGGAGUCUACGAAAUCGGAAGCUGUCUUGCGGUCUCUGAGAGGAAUUCAGGAUUGGCUUCAUUGCUGCGGAGGUAAUAAGUCGGCUGACUGGAAGGGGAAUCAAGUACAAUUCUGUUGCAAAAAUAGUUCCUCAAAUUGUCAAGCGGUUGCAGACCAAUACCAGGUUGGAUGUGGAGUUCGUUUCCAGGAGAAAGUGGGUGACGAAGCAGUUGGUGUUGGUAUCACCCUCCUCAUUAUUUGUCUGAUUGAAAUUAUUUCCGCUUUCUUUGCUUUCAAUUUGGCGAAGGCGGGCAGGUCUCAAUAA